UAGGCUUACUAUUAAUUCGCAGUCGCUUGUUGUGUAAACAUUGCACGAACCACUCCGGAAAGCGACCAAGAGGCAAAAAAAGACUGGCUUGCUCGUUUGGCUCUUCCAAGUCCCUCCUCCAAUGUGAUAUGACAUCACUGUCCUGUUCCCAAAGAAACCAGGGGUGCACUGUAGACGGUUGACAUCUAGUCAGGGUCAGCAUGGCUGCUCAGGUGGAGGUUCAGACUGGGGAGGUUGGCAGGGCAGGUGUUGGAGGAUUAAUACACCUCAGUCCCCUCACUGACUCCAGCAAUAAAAGUCUCAUUGACAGUCCUUCCAGUACCCAGGGUUCCCUGAUCAUCACUUCAGAUCCCAGUAAACCUAUCCCAGGUCCAAAACCAAGGCUGACCCCAAAGCCAUUUGCCGUGGAGAAAAACCCCACCAUUAGACCCAUACUUGCCCCAAAGCCCCAAACCAAGCCCCGGCCAGAGCCUACUCACCCUGCUGUCUACAAACCUGACCUUCCUAGCACUCCAAAACCACAGCAACCAAAUGUCGCGGGCAAACCCAGGCCAGUGUCAACCAACCCCAGCCGUCCUGCCCCUACCUCUUUUAAACCUUCCCCUAAGCUGAAUACUGGUCAAACAAGCAAGCCUGUAGUCCAGCCAUUUAAACCAGUCCCUCCUAUUUGCAUUGGAGACCCCAGCAAACCCACUCCCCCUCAGCCAGCAGACAGAGGGAAGCCUGGUGCUGCAGGGUUGUCUUAUUUAAGGAGCAGUAACAAGGCCCCUGCGGCAGAGUGGUCUGGAACCACUAAAAAGGAGCAAGAGAAAAGCAAGACAGCAGCAAGUCAUCAUCCAGGUGGGGCUUCUAUGACCAGAGCCAAGUCAAUGGGCUUUCUCAGUGAGAUAAGGCAAGAGGAAGAAAAGGAGCAAAAACCUGAAGCUCCUGUGGUGCUCCGACACCAACCGAGAGGCUCAAGGUCCAGACCUGUAUCAGCUAUUUUUCUUCCUUCUCCCACAAAGACAGAGUCGCCAACUCCUGCCCCCCGUUGGGCAGCAAGACGGCCCCUCUCAGCUGAUCUCACAUCCAAGUUUGAAUCUAUUGGCCUUUCGUUACACCGGAGGCCCCCUAAAAUGAGCGUCAAGGAAAACACUCCAGGGGAGAAGACCCCACAACUCAUGAGAGAGACAGAGAAAAGCCUAGGAGGAAACACAGUUACCCUACAGGGUGUAGAGGGUAUAACCAGCCCUGCUGUCUCACACCAAGGCAAGGAUGAGAAAAGAAAGGAGAGCGAGAAAGACAAGGAUGAGGAGAACAGUGGGGGCAGCAUCAAAAGGCGCAUUAGUCUCCUUCUGGAUUCCUCUGCCUCCUCUCCUGGGUCAGGUGCUACAGUCCAAACAUCAGAACCUCACUCCUCAGUCCAGCAAGUCCCUGAGACUGAAGUACUGCUGGGCGUUAAACAACGAAUCAAACAGCUGACCGAGGACACACCACCAUCUACGAAUCCCAGUGAGAAAGCAACAUUAAAGCCCCGCCCUUUGCCCCUUGACCUGACCAAAAGGUUUACCUCUGAGAGGUCCACAGACUUUGGCAGUCCCUCCCUCAGUGAGGCGACAGACUCCUAUGAAAGUGACAAAGUUCCUCAGAGGAGGGCCAAGGAGUUGGCAAAUGACCUCUCUGACCAAAGAAAGAUGGAGAAUGGCAAGGAGUCUCAAGAGCAACUGACACACACCUCCCCUGAUUGGACGGUUGGAGGAUCUGUGGAGGGACAGACAGUGGAUAGCACAUCCAAGGACAGUGGAGCCAGCAGGGAGGUACAAACAGUGCGGGCAUCUCUGUUCGAGAACGUUGUGGAGAGGCACAGUGUGCUAGUGUUGGAAGAGGAUCAGCCUAAAGACAAUGGCAAAGGUGUACAUCGGAGCCUUUCUCUCAAACAAGAGGAUGCGGAGGAUGAGGGAACCCUGGUCACUGCCACCUACAGAGUACCUGUGUCUCCUUCAAGCCCAAUGAAGGUUAUGCACUCCUUUGACACAGUGCAGGCAGUGGAGGAAAACAGGGCUGUGAGCGAGAGUGUCUUCCCAGCUCAGUUGGAGGAAAAGGCCAUGACUUUACGCUCCAGACGCUCAGAAGGGAGCAGGACAGCCAGGGCUGAACUGCCGGUGGAGGGCUCCACUCCAGUUCAAGGAGAACCUGUUGUAACCCUGAUGCCAGAGCAGCAGCCCCGAUAUCUAAGAGUUGGAGCUCUGCAGAAGUGGAAUACUGCAGACCUAGAGCAAGAAAGGAGCAUAGAGAGCAAUAGACCAAGUGGAUCAGAAAAGGAAAGAGAGAUGACUUUUGAGAAAGAGAGGACAGAACAGAGGUGGGUAGAGAGCGAGGAAGCAGCAGCUCCUAAACGUUUGAAAAUGUUAGAGGCAGGUGAACAGCCCCGACCCAAAGCCACCUACUUUGCUCUGACUGGACAAAUCCAGGAGCCGGUCUCUAGUAGAGAUUCAGCAGCUGAUGGGGGGGACAAACCAGUGCCCUUUGAUGAUUUUUCAGUGAGCACUGGACUGUGGGACACUGAAGGGAAGAUUGGUUCAUUUAGGAGGAAGCCGUCACUAGAUGAGGCUUUUGGAAAAUGUGCCCAAAGUCUAAAUCAAGAUGAGGAGCUGAUGGAGAGGGUACUGACUUGGGACAGACAAGUGACAGAAGAAAAGAUGGAAAUUGAGAAACAAAGAGAAUUUCCGAGCGAAAAUGAGAGGCAAAAGGGAAAAAGCAAAGAGCUUGAAAAACAAAGACAACUGGAACUUGAGAGGCAGAACUUAGAAUUUGCACGGAUGAAGGAGAGGGAGAGGCAGAGGGAGUUUGAAAGACUGAGACAGAAAGAGUUUGAGAGGGAGAAAUGGGCAGUUGAGGUGAGGCAGCGUGAGUUGGAAAGGAUCAAGCGGCUCGAGCUGGAAAAAGAAAAGCUAGAGUUAGAGAGAGUGAGACAGCGACAACUUGAGGAAGAUAGACAGCGCGAAUUGGAAAGACAGCGGGAGCUUGAAAGGGAGAAACAGCGAGAGCUGGAGAGACAGCGACAACAAGAGUUGGACAAGGAGCGAAAACUGUUAGAAAUCCAAAAAGAGAGAAAGAUAUUGGAAGAUUUGGAGAAAGUGAAAGAGAUGGAAAGAAGACAGCUCUUAGAAUUUGAACGACAGAAGCAGUCAGAGAGGGAGAGACAACAGAUCAUGGAGCUGGAGAAACAGAGGCUGAGGGAGAGGUUAGAGAGAGAAGAGACAGAGAAGAUGAGACAGAUGGCCAUACAACAAGAAGUGGAUCGACAUAAAGAACUGGAACGAGAGCGACAGAGAGAGCUAGAAAAGGAACGACUGAAACAGCUUGAGAGGCAGAGAGAGCUGGAGAGGCAGCGGCAAAGAGAUUUGGAUAGAGAGAGACAGAAACAGCUAGACUUUGAAAGGAAGGAGUUGGAAAACCAGCGCUUACAACGGGAGCUGGAGAAAGAAAAGCGGAUGAAAGAGGAGUUAGAAAGAAUUAGAGAAAUGGAGAGAAGACAGCUGCUGGAGUUUGAAAAUCAGAGGCAGAUGGAGAGGGACAGACAACAGAUUGUGGAGGUGGAGAAACAGAGACUGAGAGAGAAGAUGGACAAGGAAGAGGCAGAGAAAAUUAGACAGAUAGCCAGACAGCAGGAGGCAGAGAGGCAAAGACUCAAAGAGAAGCAGAAGAGAGAUGAGAAACAGAAGGUGGCACUGGCUUCAUCACCUCUUAGGCCUCAGGUGCUUGAUCUGGACUCUGUGCUCAGAGAUGACCAGUUUUCCAAAGCCUCAUCUCACCACAGUGAUCCUGCAAUGCGAUGGAAGCAGCCCUCCUCUAAAGCAGAUGAGCCUUACAAACCUGCCAUUCUUGACAUAGACUCUUUCAUAUCUCAGACUCAGCCUUCCCCAAGUAAAGAAGUGUUUCCUGUUGCCAGUAUUCAGGGCACAGGAAAUGGAGCAAGAUCCCAAGUGGCAUCAGAGGCUAUAAUGCGGCACCCAAGCACAGCCUGGGCAGCUUCACCCCAAGACCCUUGGGAGCUGAGACACCCUGAAAUGUCAGUGGACGGACCCAUGGCUGGUCAAGAGCCACCCAGGAAGCCUGCCAGCAAACCUAACCGAGAGCAGCUCCUCCUCAGGCAGGAAGAGCGGCUCUUGUACCCAGAAAGGCGCUGGUCUGGCGUGCCAAAUGAACCACUGCAGUCUACCCCUGCCCUUAGGAAAGAUGCCAUCAUGGCAGGCUCUCCUGGCAGAAUCUCCAGCAGCACACCCAUGGAGCAAAUGCAGUUCCCCAGGGAGCCAGAGCCUCAAGGCCACAGGACAGAUGUACGGGGCCAUAGGAGAUCCCAGGGAUCCCAGGAGCUGAACAGGAUGCGGUCCCGUAGUGUGUCUCGGCGGUCCGCCCCAUCAGAGUGUACUGUGGAGGGCAGCCUCUCCAGGAUGAGGAGUCGCAGUGCCCACAGAGAGAGGGACCAUCACAGCUGGGUGCAGCAGAAGCAGAACAUUGGCAGUGAGGAAGAGUUGAAGGACACAGACACGCUGGUCCAAGAGACAGACAGUCAGUACGGCACCUGGGAGACAGGACUACGCACUGAGGACAGCCUGACUCCUGCCACACCUACCUCAGACAGCAACUUCAGCCCAUCACCAAGGAAGUCAACCCCACCCCACACACCGGGUGAACAUGUCCCAUCUUUCGAACUCAACAUCUCAGACGAUCUCUCUCCUUUAUCUCCAUUUGACAGCCAGCCGCUCCCUUUCCCUGAGGCCCCGACCACUCUGUUGGACACCAGCGCUCUGAGAUUGCGAGUGCAACUGGCAAAGAAAAGGGGUCCCCGGUCACGUCCCUCCAGAGCUGCCCUUCAGAGUAGUGCCCUGGCCAUGCAUCCAGAGGGAGAGCACGGUGCCAGUGAGGACUGGCGCUACAGAGACUCCACAGAGGAGAAGAUUGAGAGUAAGCAGGAGGACUCUGACUCUGAGGAACAGGCCAGAGGCACGGACCCUCGUUCUGCUGCUGCAUCUCAGUCACAGAGGAUCCCUCUGUUUCCUGGGAUGGACCCCACGGCUUUAAAGGCACAACUUAAGAAGAGGGGUGACUCUGACAAUCAGCUUGAUGGACCUGCGCCCUCCACCUCCCAGCUGUCUCACUCUCCAAAAUCCCCGUUCCUUCCCCGAGCAGCCCGUGUACUUCCCCCUUCUGGUGGGAAAGAAAAUGGUGAGGAGGAGUCACCCCAGUGGCUAAGAGAGCUGAAGUCUAAGAAGCGCUUGAGUCAAUAUGAAAAUGUAAUCUAAGUGACGAAGAAGAUUGCCUUAAAACAGAAGAAUCUGUAUGAAAUGGAAGCCUUAACCUUUGACCUGGAGAAGAACUCUACUGCUGCUGAUGGUUUUCUAUUUGUUUUUCUAUGUUCUUCGCCGGGUUGGCGUACAUGUGCAUGGUGCCUUUUUCUCCUGAGAUGCUCAUGCAUAUCAAAGAAACAAGCAAGGAGAAGAGCAUUAGUCUUGCUUGUCCAUUUCACCGCUUGCUCCUCUGUGUCAAGAGGUCUAAAGACACUUUACCCUGAUAAACAUUGAGGGGGAGGGGAGGGGAGGGAGACCAACAAUUUCCUGUCAGUAUGCAUUUCAGGAAAUGAUUAACUUGUGGACUGGACCACAAAACCUCUCAACUUUGUAAGUUUUAGCAUAAUGUAGAGGGCAACUUAUGUCCUCCAUGAGAUGUUUGUAUUUAGUUUUCACAUUUUAUUCAUAUGAACAAGUUUGUGUCUAUGUGUUGGGUGUGUUUUUGUGUUAGUCAGUGGAGGUUGUUGGCGUUAGUAGCACAAGCGUUGCCAUAAGAUGACAUUUCAGAUAUGAUCAUUUUCCUGUUUAAAUAUAGAGAACAAAACAGCACUGACUUGAUUGUCUGCUGGGCUGUACAUAUGCUUGUAUCCUCAAUCAGUAAAUGUUUCACUUUGAUUGUCAGUGAUUUUGAAAACAGUGCAAGUUUUGAGGAAAAAAAAGAAAAAGAAAAGCAUCACUAUAAUUGUCCAGUACGCUUCACUACAGCAUCAUCCAGCUACUGUGCAGAUACAUCUAAAUGUCUAUUUCUCUGUGAAAAAUGAGAUGGACGAGGUUUGGCAAAGCGACUAUGAAUCUCUCAAUCAUGUGUACUCUGUAUCUGCUCAGAAAUGUACUCCUCAGUAUGAAAACACUAAUCAGCUAGUCUUCUCUCCCUAUUUACCUUACCUCCUCGUUUUCAGUGAUCUGGUGACAGGAAUGAGUGGAUGACAACUGCAAAGGCAAUGUUCUAGCACUCAGUGUCACUAAUGAGCCAUACAUUCAACCUUCCCCCUUUGAAUUGCUUGGAUUAUGUAUUGACAGAAAGAUUGUUUUUUGAAAUUUCCAACAAACGUUCAAUUUUUCUCCAAUUUAUGUGCACACACAAUCUCUGCUUCCAUACAAGGCUCUGGCCAUGCUUUGAUAGGCUGAGGGACAGCGGUUCAGAAAAUGGUCUCCUGAGGGAUGAAGAAGGGAGAGUUGUUUGUUUUUUGCCCCACUCUGCUGUUGGUCAUUACAGCACAUGUAUGUAUAACCAAGUUUUGGCAUUGUGGCCCACACUACUCCAGUGAGGGGAGGGUGAGUUUCAUGUCAUUCAAAUGAAGAUGGAUCCUCUUUCGCCCUCCAUUUUGUUCCAAUCCAAAUUUGUCUUAUUUGCACCUGUUUUAGAGCUCCAACUUGACUACACUCCCCCUCCUUACAUUUGCCAUGCCCCCAUUGGCAUCCAUAAAGCACUUUGUCACUUGAUGCACUACAGCACUGACGUCUGCUUCCCGUUUGCUGGUUUAUAUCCUGUCUCCUGUAUUGGACAGACUCAUGUUGCAAUGCUAAUGCGAUGCAAGUGAAUGUGUUGAAUGAAUCGGUGAGUCAUUGUCACUGAUUCGACUGUACAAGCUGUUUUACUUUGUCUGAAAUUUUGUCAAUUUAAGGGUUUGUUUUUUAUGUCUUUCUUUCUUUUUUUUUAUUUGAAAGUAAGAUAUGUUUAUUGCACUGUGUUGUAUUGACCAGUGUCCUAAAGUGUAAAUUCUUAAUAAAACUCAGUUGAGAU